AACUAUGAAGAGAAAUACCCCGAGGAUCCCAUCUAUGAAGAAACAGCACCGAAUGCGAGGGUUUGGAGAACGUACGAAGAUGAAAGCAGGAAUCACGAUGCCAACAUGGUCGAAGAAUCUCGAGAUAAUGUCGAUGUAUUGCUCGUCUUCGCGGGUCUCUUCUCAGCGGUUGUGACGACAUUUGUGGCCCAGACAUCGCAGAGUUUGCAGCCAGACUACGCCGCCAUGUCGGCGUCUCUACUCUAUGAAUCGGUCCUUGUCCAACGCGCUAUUGCCAACGGUUCCCCGGUCGAUGCCAUCGUCCCUUCUUCCCUCAACCCCACCAUUGCUUUUGUUCCCGCUACCACGGACGUCUGGGUGAAUGGGCUCUGGUUCACAAGCCUGUUCCUAAGCCUGACGACUGCACUCGUCGCCGUACUUGUUAAGCAGUGGCUGCACCACUAUGUUGCCCUCCCUUCUGGCACACCGCGCGAUCGCAGUUUUACUCGCCAGUUCCGAUAUGCCGGCUUUCAAAAGUGGCAUGUACAGGUUAUCGUAGGACUUCUCCCUGUCCUGAUGCACCUCGCUCUCGCCAUUUUUCUCAGCGGUUUGGUGAUUUUCCUCCAUCCACUC